UAAGGCAUUGUACAUUGGAUACAUUAAAAGACUAGAAAUAACCAAUCCAAAAUGUAAACGUCUCAAAUUGAAUUAAGUAGCAAAAACAUGGCCAAAGUGAGGAGCAGGCAGUCCGGGUUUCGGGCUCUAUUGACGGCAGGAGAGCAACUGUUGUGGGGCCCCGCGUUCACCCGGAGCUCCAGGAAAGUUCAGCGGCACGUGUUCGAUCCGCAGCGGGGAAUAGGGCACUCUGAGGCGGGCAGCGUGGCAGCAAGAGCCGCUGCUUUGGCCCAGAAGCACCAGGAGGAGGAGCAGCGUCUCUUCUCCGACAGACAGCCCAACAUGAACCUGAUGUACCGGGACGUGAAGGCGUUCCUCCGGGAGGUCGGAGGAAACCCCCGGGAGGCUCGGUACUGGCUGACCCAGUUCCAGAGAGCCUCGGCGGUGAAGUCUCCAGCCUUCGCGGUCCUGGAGGUGGACAGCUCGGUGUUCUCCAGCAGGGACCGGGUCCACAGCCUGGCCUCCGGGCUCUCCUUCCUGCAGCGGAUGGAUAUGAAGUGUGUGGUUGUGAUGGGGCUGUGUGAGCAGGCGUGCAGCCGGACUCUGAUGCAGCGCAGCCAGCAGCUGACAGAGGCUCUGCUCCACCAAUCAGCAUCCGUCCUGCCUCUGUUCUCCGCUGAGUCCUUCCUCCUGCGGCAGGAAACCCCCGGGAGCAGUUACCCCCCUUCAGUGCUGUUGGACCCCUCCCUCCUCAGGUGGUGUCUCCGCGUUGGGACCCUCCCUCUGGUUUCUCCCGUGGGACGGGACGGGUGCGGCCGCUCCGUGACCCUCGACCCCCCCGAGGUGACGGCAGCCAUCGCCCGAGCCCUGCAGCCACACAAAGUGAUGUUCCUGAACGAGGGGGGGGGCCUGCGCACUCCGGGGGGCAAGGUGUUGGACCUGGUCUCUCUGCCCAGUGACCUCCCUGCUCUGCUCUCUGCGGGCUGGUUGAGUCCCUCUGAGCUCCGCAGGGUGUCGGCCAUCGCUGCUCUGCUGCAGGAUCUGCUGAGCGACUCCUCCUCCUCCUUCCCCUCCUCCGUCAUCACCUCCGCCGACACGCUGCUGACGGAGCUGUUCAGCCACAGAGGGUCCGGGACAAUCUUUAAAAUUGGAGACCCCAUACAUCGGUACAGCUCUCUGGAGGGGAUCGAUGUGGAGCGUCUGCUGGCUCUCAUCAGCAAGUCGUUUGAUAAAACUCUGAAGCAAGACUACAUCGCCUCUCUGACCGGACGACUGCACUCAGUCUACCUCUCUGAAGGCUACAGCGCGGCGGCCAUCAUCACCCUGGAGCCGGUGAGCGGCGGCACUCCAUACCUGGAUAAGUUUGUGGUGAGCAGCAGUAAGCAGGGCCAGGGAACCAGCCUCAUCCUGUGGGAAUGCAUCCGGAGAGACCUGGGGAAACUCUUCUGGAGGUCCAGGACCAGCAACAGGAUCACGCCCUGGUACUUCAAACACUGUGAAGGCAGCUUUAACAACGGGGCGUGGACCGUCUUCUGGUUCGGGCUGAUGGAUAUCAGAGAUUCCUACGAGCUGGUGGAGUUCACCAAGCACCUUCCUGACUCCUUCCACCUGACCCCCCUCAGCUGAAACACCUCCUGCUGUGAAGAUUGAAUCUGAUGUUUGCUCUGAACUGACUUUUUUUAAUUCUGCGUAGCCAGCGAGAUUGAAAUGCUUUGACAUGCAAUAACAAUCACCCUGGGUUGAAUGUUAGCGUAGCUCUUGGGAAAAGUUGACCUUCUUAAAAAAGUCCACAUUUUCUUUUUAAAUAAUAGGCAAAAAACUGAUAAUGUCAGAAUUUGGAAAAAAAUUCUGAAUUUGGAAAAAAUGUCAGAAUUCUGAAAAAAGUCAAAAAUCUAAGAAAAAAUGAAACAUUGUUAAAAAAAAAAGUCAGAUUUCUGAGAAAAAUCCCAAAUUAUAUAAAAAGUCAGAAUUAUAAAAAAAUCUGAAUUUACAAAUAGAAAAAUAUUGUUUUUCCUUAAAUUAGGAAACCCUCAGCACAGGCAGCUGAAACACCUCCUCACCUGCUGUGAAGAUUGAAUCUGAUGUUUGCUCUGAGCUGACUUUUUUUUAUUCUGCGUUGAAACUUGAUAGCCAAUGUUACAGCGAGAAUGACACGCUUUGACAGUCCACAUUUUAUUAUUAAAAAUAAGUAAAAAAAAAAUUUUUAAAAGUCAGAUUUCUGAGAAAAAUCCAAA